GUCGUUUUGUAAGUAAGAAGAAGCAUUAACUAAGAAAGGGACGAAGCGCCGCGGUUGGUGUGAUAGCUUUUUAUUUUAGUUUUUAAGUUUAAAAUUAAUGCCGGUGUCAAAAUUAUAUAGUAGGACACAGCAUUAAAACGGCAUUCUACAAAUAGUGAUUUAUUAUAGAAAACAACAAAAGCUAACAUCUAACAGCAUCUACGGAUACGAAUAGAAUAUAGCGUCAAAUCGGUGUGUUGUAAAUCCCAUUUCACAAAAGCUAACUCUUCUAAAUUAAAAAUGGGACGCAGUCCGUCUCCAGCACACAGACGACGUGAAAAGGAGCGUUCUGAACGUAAAAAGAGGCGUGAACGCCGAUCCAGAGAACGUGAACGUAUGAGGGAACGCGAAACGGGUGCUGGUAGCAGUAGCCGUGCCUUACGCAGACGAUCCCAUGAAAGGGGUGGCGGCGAUCGCGACAGGAGCCGUAGCAGAAGCCGUGAGCGUGACCGUGCAGGCCGACGCCGUUCUAGGUCACACUCCCGUGGACAUCCAUCUACCUCAGCGUCAACGUCCUCUGGGCGACGAGGCGGUGCCGCAGAGCGGCCAAAAAUCACAGAAGCCGAUUUGGAGGGCAAAUCGCCCGAAGAAGUUGAAAUGCUAAAAACAAUGGGUUUCUGCACAUUCGACACCACCAAAAAUAAGAAAGUCGAAGGCAACGAUGUCGGUGAAGUGCAUGUAAUCUUAAAGCGCAAGUAUCGCCAAUAUAUGAAUCGUAAAGGUGGCUUUAAUCGGCCGCUGGACUUUGUGGCAUAGCGUGUUGGGGGUAGCGCGAAACAUGUGAAAAACGCGUCUACCACCAGCUCGUGCGCAUACACAAUGGCGAUAUGUCGAUGUACACUUUUGUACUGAUGUUUUCUUUUUCUUUUCUCUAUUAUACUAAUAUAUUUUUUUUUUAAAUAGUGCAGCUGCUGUGGUGCUCAGCACAAUCAAAGCUGCAGCAGCGUGCACAGACAAUCCUGCAAUUUUAUGCAAUAGACCGGUUUACAAAAUUCAAUUUUCAAAAUUUCCACCACACAUACCUCAUUAAUAUUAUAAAUAUUAACAUAUUUUUUCCUGUAUUGUCCUGUUUAAGUUUUUCCCAUAGUAUGUAAGCUCUAAUUAUAAACGACGAAUAUGUGAGUGUAAAGUGUUGAGUAAAUGCUGCCCAAAGUGUGUAAAAAAAAACUAGCAAAAAGAAUGCAAAUCAGUUUGUAAUAACAGUAACUUUGAAAAGUAUGCGCUAAAUGAAUUUAAACAAAUUUAAAAUUUCUCGUUUUAAACUUUAGUAGUAUGAAAUUAAUUUACUACUUACUGUAUUAAAAAUUUUGUUAAAAUAGUUUAUGAUGCAACAUUACUCACACGUUUCGCAUUUUGGUAGCCGUGAAAGUUGAUUGAACGACGUACUUUCCAUACAUAUUUUUGAAUAUUUAAAGUAAUUAAACAAAAUGUUUUUUGUUUUUUUGUUUUACAAACAAGCACAAUGAAAUGAAAACACAAUUGUACAAAACUAAAAUGAAUUAAGGCGAAAGUGUUGUGCGUUUAUAUUAAAAUUUAAAUUUUUUUUGUACUUUUUGUGCCGCGAAGGCUUACAAAAGACGCGUUUAAAAUGAAAAUAAUUGAAAGAUGGAAAUUUUUAAAUUUUCGUAAAUCGUUUGUUAUAAAAAAAUUUAUCUAACUAAACACGCCUGAACUCUUGCGCUUGAUUCAUUUUAGUUCCAUAGAAAAGCAACAAUUUGAAAAGGAAAAAAUUACGGUUUGGCUGCUACCACAAUCAGAAAGAACACAUUUUUUCAUACAACAAUUACUUAAAGUAUUUGAAAAUCAUUAAAAUAUCACACAUUACAACAAUAACACAAACCCAUAUACCCCUUAAGAAACAAAUAUCCCAGCACGCAUACAAAUGCAUAACUCCCCCAUAUAUCCUCCAUACACUGCAAUAGUACAAAAUAUCAAAAUAUUUUUAUUUUUUAUUUUUAUAAAUAUACAAACUUUAUUUACACACAAAAUAACAUAAAUAACCCAAACCUUAAAUAUCCUACCCAACAUAAUAAGCCUUACCCCGAACCCAUACAAUAUAUUCCCACCCAAAUAAUAACCCCUCAAAUACACACAACUACAAUAGACCAAAUAUGCAAUAGCCAGGGAUUUUAUAUAAUUGUAAAAACAGAAGAAAAAAAAA